AUGAUAGAAUUUUUGUUCAGUGAUUAUAAUGCGGAAGAGAUCAAAGCAGCGGUGUUUCAGAUGGGACCAACAAAGGCUUCUGGCCCAGAUGGUAUGAAUGCUUUAUUUUAUCAAAAAUUCUGGCAUAUUGUUGGUGAUGACGUGAUAGCUCCUGUGUUGAAUUUUUUGAAUUCUGAUGACUCGCUUAUAUUCUGUAAGGCGAGCCAAGAGGAGGUGCAGGUUAUUUCAGAAGUGCUACAGACAUACGCUGCUUCAUCAGGGCAAUGUAUCAAUUUUGAGAAAUCUUCGGUCUACUUUAGUAGCAAUACCACAUUGGGAGAUAGGGAGAGAAUUAAGGAGACAAUGGGGGUGAAGGAGGUGGAGAGGUUUGAAUCCUACUUGGGUUUACCUACACUGGUUGGCCGGGCCAAAUACCAAACCUUUUCCUUUCUUAAGGAUAGGGUUUGGAAAAAAAUUCAGGGUUGGAAGGGACAAUUAUUGUCAAGAGCUGGGAAGGAAAUUCUGAUAAAAGCCGUGGCAUAA